AUGAGCAACUUUCAAACAAACAUUCAUGAGGGUGAAUAUGUAUCAACCACACGAAGUAAACUACCACUAAGUCAAGAGGCAACCGUUUUGGAGGCCAAAAUACAUUGUCCAAAAGCAUCAACUCCAAUAAGAUUAAACAGUCCUCACAUGUCAAUGGCAGAGUUGGCAAUUGUUAAUAAUAACAUACUUUCAUCACAAAGCCUACAUCAACUGAGGUCUAUAAACACAAUCAACGAAGCUCAUCAUCAUCAUCAUCUAAAAAAUAACAACAACAAUAGCGCCGCAGUACCAACAUCUCCGACGCCACAGUUUUCAAAUUUUGACAAUGGACAAGAUAUUAUGAUCAAUUCGCCUCCAUUGCUACCAUCAACACCAAAUUCCGUUGAUGUAGAUGGCAUGCCAGUUUAUAUACCGGCAAACCUACCGAAACUUGUACAUAAAUGGACCCAUACCCAUUCGAUAUUAUGUUGCAUCGCCUCACCAGCUAAUAACUUGUUAUUUUGUGGAACUCAAGAUGGUAAAAUAUUAGUCUUUGAUAUGUUGACGUAUAGUUUGAAACAUGAAAUUGAUCGCAGUGAGAACCCCCAUCAAAAUAGUUCUAUAUUGACAAUAUGUGUAAAUAAAAAGGAGGAUACUUUAUUUGUUGCUGGAUCAGAUUCGUUGGUUAAAGUUUAUGACUUCAAAACAGGGUUUCAAUGCACCCAUGUCAUUUAUUCAUUGGUCGAUAUUGGAGAUAUUUUCUCCCUUACAUGGUGUGAUAACUCACAAACGUUAAUCAUCGGUGCUCAAAAUGCCAGCAUCCUAUGGUGCAGAUUAUUUGUAGCUAAUGGAAAUGCUAGGAGAGUCAAUUUGGACAAGUUGCCUCAUUUACGGUAUGACAAGUUCUUUGACUCUAAGGGACCCGGUGGCUCUCAAAAUACAUUACAAACAAGACAUGAAUUAAUGAGGAAAAACUCCAGAAACUCUACACCUGUGGACGAAAGUCAACCUGUUGUGAGCUUUAUUGAAUGUAAACAAGAGGAUAUUGUAAGGUUUGCGCACAACGGUUACGUUUACUGCCUUGACAUUGUUGACACGACAAUUGGCCAUUUUGGCGAAGGAAAAUUUACCAUUUCAGGUGGUGGUGAUGGAGUAGUUAACAUUUGGUCAAUGAAAGAAAACAAACUUCAUAAGUUGGCAUCACUACAAAACGAUGAAUCAGUUUUAUCGAUGACAAUACAAGGUUCGUUGCUUUAUGUUGGAUUGGGAGAUUCAUGUAUCAAUGUAUGGGACUUGUUAACUUUGCAAAUGAUCAGAUCGUUUGUUUUCAACAAGGAAGGAAUGAAUGAGGUAUUGAGUUUAGGAGUUUAUAAGGAUGCAUUGUAUAAAGCUUGCUCAGGUACAGGCUUGGUUAAACUCACCAUGAAACAUAAAAAUGUUGCUGAUAGUGUUAUCAUGAGUUCAGAUCAGGAAGAUGGAGUUAUAAACACAGUUUCCACAUUCAAGUCAAACCAUGAGGCAUUCUUGUUAGCAGGUGGGAACAAGUCUUUAACAUUGUGGAACAUCUCUGAGGACGAUGACAGCACUGAUGACUUUAUGCAGAGCUCAGGCUCAACAAUGGCUACUUUACCUACUUUGCAAAAAGGUAUUCGCUUAAGCGAUAAUGACAUGUUGUCGAUGUUGAAAAAAUUCAUUUCCUACAAAACCAUCUCAAAGAACCCACUACUUUAUCUUGAGGAUAGUCGUCAUUGUGCCAAAUUCUUAUCACGAUUGUUGACCAAAUUUGGAUCAUAUCAGACAAAUUUAUUGCCAGUGGAAAAUGGUAAUCCGAUUGUCUUUGCAGAGUUCAAGAGAAAUAGCCCAGCACCAUCGGCCAAACAUGAAAGAGUUUUAUAUUAUGGCCAUUACGAUGUUGUAGAUGCCACAAACCACGAAGCUAGAGAUUGGAGUACUAAUCCGUUUGUGUUGACGGCGAAAGAAGGAAACUUGUACGCCAGAGGUGUUAGUGACAAUAAAGGACCUAUACUUGCAGCCAUUUAUGCCGUUGCAGACCUAUAUCAUAGACAGGAGUUGGGUUGUGAUGUGGUAUUUAUUAUUGAAGGGGAAGAGGAAUGCGGCUCUACUGGAUUCCAAUCGGUGAUCCAACAACACAAGAGUCUAAUAGGGGAGAUCGAUUGGAUUUUGUUAAGUAACUCCUACUGGUUGGAUGAUGUUUCUCCUUGCUUGAAUUAUGGACUUCGCGGACUUAUCAAUGCCAAUGUCAUUAUUAAAUCAGACAAACCUGAUCGUCACUCAGGAGUUGAUGGUGGUGUAAGUCGAGAACCAGUUAUGGAUAUGAUGCAAAUCUUGACCACGUUAAUUGAUCCUGUGACGCAAAAAAUUCAAAUUGAUGGGUUUUAUGAUGACUUGUUACCAUUAUCUCAACUGGAACAAGCAUUGUAUGAUGAGAUUAAAAACAAGCUUGGACAUAGUGUUGAUAUUGAUGUAUUGCAAGCGAAAUGGCGUCAGCCGUCACUAACUGUUCACAAAAUUCAAGUCUCAGGUCCAAAUAACAAUACAGUUAUUCCACAAUUGGUUAACGCGACAAUAUCAAUGCGUAUAGUUGCCAAUCAAGAUUUAACCACUAUUAAACACAAAUUGAUUGGUCAUUUAACUACUGCAUUCAACAACUUGAAAUCGGAUAAUCAUUUACAAAUCAAUAUUUUCCAUGAAGCAGAGCCAUGGUUGGGAGAUCCUUCGAAUAAAAUGUAUCUGAUUUUGUACAAGAAUUUACAAUUGCAUUGGCAGCAAGAUCCUAUCUUCAUUCGUGAAGGUGGAUCUAUUCCAUCCAUCAGAUUUCUUGAAAAAUGUUUUAAUGCACCAGCGGCACAAAUCCCGUGUGGACAAGCUAGUGAUAAUGCACAUUUGAAGGAUGAGAAAUUGCGUAUUGUAAAUUUGUUUAAAUUGAGACAGAUUUUGAGUGAUACAUUGAAAGAGUUGGGGGGUGUUGAGUAA